AUGGCGUCUAUUGAAAGCGUAGUGAAAAAUGCUGAAAAUCCAACCUUGAAUAGAUUGAAAGGCAAAAGACAUUCAGAAAAUACAGUGAUGUUUAAGGAUAUUGUGAAAAAUGCCUUUACUGUACAAGAUGUGGAUAAACAGAACAGAAAGACAUUACAAACAAUACAAUAUUCUACCAAAGGCAGUAACUUGUUAACAGGGCAGAGUAAAGAAAAUCAGUUAAAUGGUGAAAAACUGAUGAUAAAACAAACCAAUAAAACUGUAAAAAUAUUUACUGAUUCUAAAACACCAUCCAGUGCCAGUUCUCCCAAGACUACUCUCCAAGACUGUAGUUCCACCCAGACUGAUGAUAGUUUACUGGAAGACUUGAUUGAUGCCAAGAUACAGAAGACUGAGAUAGAAAGUUUGGGUAGAAUAAGGGGAGAUAAUCUAACAUCAUCAUUAUUAUUAGAUGAUCAUCAAGAUAUCAAUGAUCAUGAUGUUACAGAAGAAGAUUUAGUUUCAGAAUCAACUUCUGAGAAUUACUGGAAGAUAUUAGCUGAAAAGAGAAGACAAGCGUUAAAUGAUACUCUUGAAGAAAAUGAGAUGUUACAUGUUCAAAAUGCAUCUCUACGUGAAGAAAAUGAAAAAUUAACAGAAGUGGCCUCUCAAGCUGAAACUAUGGUGUCUUUCUUACAGUCUGUAGUAAGUCAAGAUGAUGAGCAACAAGCAGCAGAAAUUGAUGAGAAUGAAAAGCCAGUUACCUCCCCUACAAAAUCACCUGGAAAAUCACCAACAAAGUCAACUACUAAAUCACCCACAAAAUCCAUGUCCAUUUUCAAACUCUUAUCUCCUAAAAACAAAGCCCCAAGCCCAAUCAAAAAGACAAAAUGCUCACCGAGUAAACAAGAUGAAGAUGACUGGUUAAAUAUUGAACUGGAGGGAGAUAUCAGUCUUGUCAAAUCUACAGAAGUGACAUCUUCUACACCAGAGGCUGUUUCCAAGUACAAAUAA